GAGAAAUAAGUCUUCCAGUAGAUUCAUUGAGAUGCAAUCAAUGGAAAUUAUAUCCCUACUUCUCGCUUCUCGUAAUCGUUUUAAGAAAAUGACUCCCAAUUAAACCAAUAGGAGAUAAACGGCUGAAAAGACGGCACGAUUUAUUGUCAGUUCUAAAGAUAAUUUCAGAAGGGCGUCGUGGAUUUCCGAAUGUCCCUCGUUGCAGAGACUCUCAGUUCGCCUCUGGCAUAGGACUCUUGCUUAGGAUCUUUUGAAGCACAACGGAACCUCACGUACUGUGGCAGUUAUGUGGAAAAAGCAGAGGGAGGCGGGACGUUAACAUGGCUAUAUAAUUCAUUUCUUUUUAAAGUACUUUUCGUGUUUAUAUUUUAUUUCGCUCUUCGUGGGAUGCCAGUCUCUCCAAUUAACAUCGAUUUUCUCGGGGGCUGUGGAAAAGGCUCUGGACUAUGGGCUCCAAUCACUCCCACAAAACUCCAGUGUUUGAUGAAAACGAAGACGUUAACUUUGACCAUUUCCAAAUCCUCAGAGCCAUUGGAAAGGGUAGUUUCGGAAAGGUUUGCAUUGUGCAAAAGAGAGACACCAAGAAAAUGUACGCAAUGAAGUACAUGAAUAAGCAGAAAUGCAUUGAAAGAGAUGAGGUACGCAAUGUCUUUAGAGAACUGCAGAUUAUGCAAGGUCUGGAACAUCCAUUCCUGGUGAAUCUUUGGUAUUCAUUUCAAGAUGAAGAGGACAUGUUUAUGGUUGUGGAUCUUUUAUUAGGAGGAGACCUGCGUUAUCAUCUACAGCAAAAUGUGCAUUUUAAAGAAGACACUGUAAAACUUUAUAUCUGUGAAUUAGCACUUGCUCUUUACUACUUGCAAUGCUGUCAUAUAAUCCAUCGAGAUAUUAAACCCGAUAACAUACUACUUGAUGAGCAUGGUCACGUUCAUAUUACUGAUUUCAACAUUGCUACUGUGCUCAAAGACUCUGAGACGGCUACGUCAAUGGCAGGAACUAAACCUUAUAUGGCUCCAGAGAUUUUCCAUUCUUUCCUGGAAGGAGGUCCUGGUUAUUCUUAUCCUGUUGAUUGGUGGUCCUUGGGAAUAACUGCUUAUGAACUUCUGCGAGGUUGGCGACCUUACGACAUUCAUUCCAGCACCCCGGUGGAUGAAAUUCUCAACCUAUUCCGUGCGGAGCGAGUACACUAUUCUUCAACCUGGUCAAAAGGCAUGGUGUCACUGCUUAGAAAGCUUCUUGCCAAAGACCCAGAAUGUCGACUUUCAAGUGUUGCAGACAUCCAGAGUUUGCCCUACCUGGCUGAUGUGAACUGGGAUGCUGUUUUAGAAAAGACUGUUUCUCCUGGAUUCAUACCAAAUAAAGGAAGAUUAAACUGUGAUCCUACAUUUGAACUGGAAGAAAUGAUUCUUGAGUCCAAACCCCUUCACAAAAAGAAGAAACGCUUAGCAAAAAGCAAAUCAAAAGAUGGCACAAAAGAAGCGUGUCCUUUGCCUGCCCAUCUGCAGCAGUGUCUGGAAACGGUACGGCAGGAGUUCAUCAUUUUUAACAGAGAAAAAUUGAGAAAAAAAGCACAAAGCAUUGAGGUUGACAGUUCUGACAUGGAAUCUUCCAAUCCAAUGCAGGAGAAAGUGCAAGAUGGUCGUAACAACAACACCCUCCUGCCAACUGACAACAAUGCUGUCUACUGUAGUUAAUUAGGAAAGUAAUGACUGACACAGGUGCCAGAAUAUUCCGAGGCUUGGAAUUCUUCUCUUUUUACUUUGAAUCUGCCUUCUUUUCCAAACCUGUCCACCGACAGGCAGCACACACCGUUAGGGUGCAUGCAUUAUUAUAAACCUGUUGAAAUGGCCAUCGAGCAAAGUCUGUAGUGCUGUUUGUCAAGGUGGACCACAGCCUAUUUGUCGCAGUGAUGAAUAGAGUUUGGUUUGGAAAAGAAUGGCGGAUUUAAGAACCUUUUUUUUUUAUCUAGCCUUAAAACAUUAGUCCAUGAUGUCAUCCAGACCACCCUGUAUGCCAUGGGUGUUCAUGGCAUCGGUUAACUGUGCUCUAAUGACCUCUAUCUGUGCAGCGCCAAAAGGUAUUUUUUAAUUCUUACUUACUUGUUUAUUUUUACCAUACCAAAUAUUAGGGAACAAAAGGCAGCAGUGUACAAAUUAAAGAGGUGAAAUCUAGAACCAGAUGAGUGGGAUUGUAUGUCCUCCACUCAGCUUGAAUGUAAUGUAGCAAAAUACAUUAGAUGUUUAAUAAUUUUUGUUCUUUUUAGGUAAGCACAAGAAAUUCUUAAGAAAAUGAGUAAAGCAAAUGCAGCUAUCAGCCCACUCGUUUUUCAUUUUAUUAUAUUUUCUACAUCAUGGGUUGUUCCCCAUAAGCAUUUUAUGAACCCAAAGGGUUUAAAAUAACAUUUAGCAUGAUUACGUAAUGUCUGUUAUCUGAAUUGUUCCAUAGAAACUGAUGUAUGAAGCUUCGAUGUUUGCGCCAUUUCUUACAAAGCUCAUUGUGUGCCUCAUGUUGUUGAGUACUGUGUGUUUGGGGCUCCACCUGCAUUAUGUUUCUCCUUUUCUGUCUAACAAUGUGAAAUUCCAUAGGCUGGUUUAGCCCACGUACAGGG